AUGGCGUCUACUCAGUUAGGGCAUGAGGACGAAGGCGACGCUUUCAAUGAAAUCUACGUGGCGUGCAAUCCUCCCCCACUCCCAGAAGGAGUUGAUCAUGUUAUCCGUCAAGCAAUGCAGCAGUUUACUAAUGAUGAACUUGUCGAGAUCCUGUACGAUCCAGACGCGGCAUGGUUCAAGUGCAUCGUUUCAACUCCAGCCCGCGACAUAGUCUCCAAGUAUAUUGAGGAGCUUCUUCGGGAAAUCAUCGAACAAGAUACAUGUCCCCUCGAUCCAGACGAUGAAGCUGAGCACUCAGAUGAGCAUGGCAAUUCGAUCGACAUCGAAAUCAUCGCAGAGACACCGCGUGUCGUGCCCUGGGGGACCUAUCAAUUCGAGCUUGAUCAGACUCGAAAUGACUACAUCCCGUACGAAUACCCCGAACUUCUCGUCUCCACUCCGCAUAAAGGUAUCUGGAGGGCACCAGAGAUGCUUCGAGGAGCGACGAUCGAUGCUGUCCUGCACUCUGCUUCCUACCUCGCAGCUGGUUUUGGGAAAACAGUUACUCUCGAAGAGUUUGCAGAGCUUGUAAAUUGCGAAAUUUACCCAAAUUUGGUUCAAAAUGUGCUUUACAUUGGUAGCUGCGAGAGUGAAGAAAAAGUCAGCGAUGCUAUUAAGAGAUUGGAUAACAUUUGGAAGAUAGCGUUUACUCUCACCCUGGAAGAGAAAACUCGCCAUAUCAUCCCGAUAAUUACUGAGAAUCAUCGGGACUACAAGCUAGCCUACAGAUGGCUCUCACACAUCGGGCUAUCCAAGCGCACGUACCUGGCGCCUAGCCACGCAGGCUCUGCAGAAGACGAAUACGCCGCGUUAGUGAAUGGUGCUACGUUGAGAACGGCAGCGUUCAAUAAUGACAGGGGCGAGUGGGUAGUUGAUCCGAGAGUGUAUCCGAGAGUAAGAGGAUUCAUUGAGCCAGUUCCUCCUUUAGAUGUCUUCGAAAAGCAGUCUUAUACUUCCAAUCAACCGCCAGCGACGUCUCAACCUUCGAACUCGUCGCCAUCGAAGGUAGUGCCGGUCCGCCCCCCCAAGGCAAUUCAAUCUCCACGCGGAGGGGGCGUGUCGCGUGCGCAGCCCAAGAAGAAAGUUGAUCAGACUUCUAUGGCACAGCCCCCAAGUGUCAAAGCUAAUACCUUGAACCCUAAGCAAGAAAAACGAGGGGGACGAGGCGCAUCAUCACCGGGGAAAUCACAGGUCCCCGUCGGCAACACAAGCUCCCCUAUUAUGGUUGGGCAAUGGGUCGAACAGCAGCGAAAAACUCACCAUCAAAAGGGAUAUAACAGUCCGCAAGUUGGCAAGGAAGAUGGGUUGUCCCAGGUCUCAACCAAGAAUCUGUACGAGGGUCCAGGGGCAACCCCCGAGAAGAAUAAAAAUGUCCGAGAACCAACUGCUGAAUCAAAGCAGCUGGUCGCCGACCUCUUGGGGAUCGAGUCCGAGGCGACGCAGGGUAUUAGUGGCUCCAGGAAUAACAAUCUUAUAGACUCAGAUGUUCCGUUUGUGUCCGAGUUGAAUAUCGACUAUCCACUGUUGGACCCCGAAGCCGUCGCUCAGUUCGCAAUGAAAGAAGACGAGGAUCUCAUUGAUUUUCACUCGACUAUGCAACAGAAAGCCGGUCGCAAAAAGCUCAAGUAUCCCAGCCAAGGGCAGCAAACCAGUAUAACCGCCGACUCUCCCGAGAAGCACCAGACUAACCAAUCGGCAAAACCCCAGCCUGCUAAGGAGAAUGAUCCUGCUUCGAACCUCAAGCCACAAACGGCCGGCGUGAAGACUAGCAAUCAACAAAGCACCCCGGCUAGCAGUGAAGGUGUUUCGAAACCCAAUGACACUGAGGGUGCUGCCUCUCAAUCUAAGCCUACGCCAGCGAGUUCUUUCAUGGGAAUUCUUUCCGGGAGAGUUGAGACACUCAAGUUUCGCAAAACGCACGGGGACAUUCUGGAGCGUGACUUAAAGGAAACGGGCAAGAUUCUUCAACUAACAUCUGGAAAAGUAGAACUAGAACUGAGUCUAGGCCGUAUCUACUUCAAGAAUAUUGGCGAGCCGAUUGUUGAUACCGGCCGAGGCCCACACUGGAGCAUUGAGAGUCUCUUGGCUUCGUUCGAAGAUGGAAUUCCCCAGAGCUCAAUUGGGUUCCAAAAUAUUUUGACAUCGUCGCCAUCAGAUGCAGCGAGAAUUGUGCAGUUCGGACUCACAGAUGGGUCCAAGUGGAAACUGUACGACAGCGUGGCGAAGUACGAAUUCAGCUGCCAUCUGUAUGAGGAUGAGUGCAAAGCAUCAUUCAGGGUAGAAUUGGAUGUCAACACAUUGUCCCAUCUCUGUCUUGGUGAGGUUGAGGAGAUAGCGAGAGCUUAUGUCCACUGCCCUCAGUUUGCUUGGGAUAUGAAAGCACGUGCCACCAGAGUAUAUCAGGAUCUCCCUGAAGUGUGCAAGUUAUUUGCGAAGUCAAUGGUCGAAUCCGUAACUAUCACUCCUGAGAAGUCUGGAGAUGUCACCAUCACAGUUCCAGGGGAUGAAAGCCAAGGUUUUUCCAUUGACCAGGUUUCCAUCCGCCACCUUGCCCGAUACCGCUGCGACCAAGUGGAGGGGCCACAGCUCAACAUAGCAAUGGUACGGCCCUUGACCAAGAAAACCGAUUACACCAGUCAGAAAGCACCCUCCCUCUUCCACGGAAAAACCUGGUUUGGCGCAAACAGGCUGAACAAGGGUCAAAAGCCGGGAUUGGACGAGUGGUACGAGGUUUCGCUUUCGUCUUCCAAGGCCGACGACGUCUUCCGAGGAAACAUGAAUUUGGGUUUCGGUGAGAGCGCCGGAUGGGAGUUGAGCGAACUGGAUGGUAUCUGGGCAGAUAUAUGCCGGCCUGCUCUGGAUAUGCUGUCGCAGAUGGACGACAUUGGCGCUACCAACAACAACAGCGUGGGGCCUGAGCUAUCAAUCAGGCCCAGAGUGCAUGAGAUGCAAGCAAGGUUUUGGUAA